AUUCACAACCCCCUGAGUUAAUUAGUGAAUUAAUACACUGAGGUGUUUUCCCAUGACUGGACCUGUGAGGGAACUUGUUUUACACAUAUCGCCUCCAAAUCAUUACUGCAGAUUGGGCAGUCAAAUUAAAUACAGGCCAGGGGAGCGGAGCAGUGUUAACCAUUGCUGUCCCAGUGCUGCCUGGUGGGGAGGUGAGGUUUGUGCAGCACUUACAGAUACGCAAAAGGUCCCAUUCCCAGCUUCCACUCUCUUGCUGUGAGCUAUCCCAGUACUUAUGAAUGCGCUGAGUCUGGACAGAUAGGACCAGCUGCUCUCACCAGUGCCCCUGUUGCUAUUUUCAAACCCCUGUGGGCAGCUGUGAAACUGAAGAAUCCUGUUUCCCAAUGCUACCUGGUGUUGCCAUGGACUGGGGGGGAGGAGAAGGAGGCAGAAGGAAGGAUUCAUGCUUUAGUCCAGCUGCCUGUCCAGUCCUGGUUUGAGGUAGAGGGAAAUGCUCCUCAGGCUGUAAAGGGGAGACAUUUUUCAGUUAGGAGACAGCUGCUGUCCUGAGCCUGAUGUGAAAGCUGUGGUCCAGAAGGCUUGGAUACCAGGAUCCUUGUUCUUCUGUCUCUGGGGGUAUGUGGGAUCAGCUUUCACCAGGGCUCUGCUAUUCACAGACUCUGCUGGUGAUUCCUUAUUCUCUGAUACUUCACACCUGGCUGAAAGGGACUCAGGUGUGUGGUCCUGCUUGUUCCUUUAGAAGGAAAUCAGUCCACCUGGAAGAGGGUUUUUUUUCUUGGAGUCUGUUAAAGAGCAUUUAGUGUUAGGAGAGGAUGGAAAAAUCUCACUAUAAUAAUUUGUACAUUGCUACAGAACAUUGUUGCAGUCAGCUGGGAAACCCUUCAGGGAUCCCUGCUGUCUUUUCAGGGAACACUUCACUGUUUUCAAAGAUAACUUUACACUUUGUUGUGAUGUACCAUCAUAAGUAAUUUAUACAAUAUUCUGUGGUGGCAGAGCAUUGUACUUCCAUAGAAGGUUAUGUGCCACUGCAGUGUGACUAAAGCAGGAGAGCAGACUGGGAAAGAAGGGAGGAUAACAGAGAUGAGGUAAGGAAUAGCAGAAGGCCCUCAGUUAAAUGGAGAGUCAGAGGCAAGCAUGGAGCAAGAGCUGCCAUUCACCCAGCAAACAGCUGUGGGGGUGAAGAUGCUGUUGCCCUAAAGUGUUUACCCUACUUCUGCUGGAAAUGGCUCCUUCUCAGGCAGAGGUGAGUCCCAGCUGUCCUGUCGUGGCCUGAGCCUUUGGGCACAGUCCUGUGUUAGUGCCUGCUCUGCAUUAAUUCCGUUGAUGUGUGUGAUGGGUUCUGUAGUGCUCUGCAAACGGCUUGGCUGGCAGAAUGCUGAAACCAGCAGCUUCCUUCUUGUGGGCAGGGCUGGAAUAGGGCAGUUGUCUGCACCCUGCUGGGGCAGGUUAGUGAAAAAAAAAAAAAAACAAAACAGUAGGGAGAGAGAACUGGGAUAAACGUGAAAUGAAAGCAACAAAGCCUCUUGCAGGCUUUCAGUCUCCCAUUUGCUGCUGGAGCAUUGGAUAAUAAUGUAAAGGAAUAAAAGCAUCUAAAUUUUUCAUCUGUCAAGACUUUGCUGUCUUGACAUCGGUAGAGAGAAGUUUGAUGUGAGCAGUUUAAGAAAGCUGUGGAGAUACAGUUCAUUUGGGAGAUGGAAGAAACAGCGGAGCAGCUUUUGUAGGAUCUGAUUAUUGAUCUGUGCCCAUUACACUUGGGCUGAUGUCUGAUGUUAUAAUAUGCUAAUGUGAAGUAAUGGAGUGUUAUUUGCAAAGGAAAGAGUUGGCACUCAAGAUACUAUCUCUGACUUCAGCUGGCAAAAACAGAAUGCUCAGGGCUGGGUAUGACUGAUUUAGGGGAAAGAGGAAACAUGAAACUCCAGCAUCUUUUCUGCUCAGUGUAUCGAUCAAAACCCUCAUAGAGGCAUUUGCUGUAAAAUACAACGAGAAACUCUUGGUUAAGGCUUUUUUUCCAGUUUGAAGUCAGGUGUUCUUUACCCUUGGAAACAUAAUUCUCUGGAAUUUGGCAGUGGGUUGGGAAGUAAGAGCAGUGCCAGUUAGUCCUGUGGAUUUGCAUCUCGUGCUGUGUUUCAACAUCAGAGUGUAUCUGCAGAGGCAACAGUUUCGUAAGUCCAGUUUACAACCUUUGUCCACUCCAGGCUAUUCCUUCUGCUUCUGGAGCAUGGAAUUGUACUUUCCACUACUUGAGUAUUGAGAAGAUUCUGGGCAGUCUCAAAGGACUUGACUGGCAUAGAGUCCAUGGACCAAUGUCGCCACACGCUGGAGCAGCACAACUGGAACAUAGAGGCAGCUGUGCAAGACCGACUGAAUGAGCAAGAGGGUGUCCCAAGUGUCUUUAAUCCUCCUCCAUCGCGGCCGUUGCAGGUCAAUACAGCCGACCACAGGAUCUACAGCUACGUUGUCUCAAGGCCACAGCCAAGGGGCCUGUUAGGAUGGGGUUACUACUUCAUAAUGCUUCCAUUCCGAUUUACCUAUUACACAUUACUUGAUAUAUUUAGGUUUGCUCUGCGUUUUAUACGCCCUGAUCCUCGUAGUCGGGUCACUGACCCAGUGGGUGACAUUAUUUCGUUUAUUCAUAUGUUUGAGGAAAAAUAUGGGAGGAUACACCCUGUCUUCUACCAGGGAACUUACAGCCAGGCACUGAACGAUGCCAAGCGGGAGCUGCGCUUCCUGUUGGUUUAUCUUCAUGGAGAUGACCACCAAGACACAGAUGAGUUUUGCCGCAAUACACUGUGUGCACCUGAGGUCAUCACCCUUAUCAACACUAGAAUGCUCUUCUGGGCUUGCUCAACCAAUAAACCAGAGGGAUACAGAGUGUCCCAGGCCCUGCGGGAGAACACGUACCCAUUCCUGGCCGUGAUCAUGCUGAAGGAUCGCAGGAUGACCGUGGUUGGGCGGCUGGAAGGUCUCAUCCAGGCUGAUGACCUCAUCAACCAGCUGAUGUUCAUCAUGGAUGCCAACCAGACGUACCUGGUGUCUGAACGCCUGGAAAGGGAAGAGAGGAACCAAACCCAAGUCCUGAGGCAGCAGCAGGACGAGGCAUAUCUGGCAUCCUUACGUGCGGACCAGGAAAAGGAGCGCAAGAAGAAGGAGGAACGGGAGAGGAAGAAGAAGAAAGAGGAGGAAGUGCAGCAGCAAAAACUAGCAGAGGAGAGGCGGCGACAGACGCUGCAGGAGGAGAAGGAGCGGAAGUCGGAAUGCCUUCCUCCCGAGCCGCAUCCCGAUGACCCGGAGAGCGUCAAGAUCAUUUUCAAGCUGCCUAACGAUUCCAGAGUGGAGCGGCGAUUCCACUUCACACAGUCACUGACGGUGAUCCACGACUUCCUGUUCUCCUUGAAAGAAAGCCCUGAGAAGUUCCAGAUUGAGGCCAACUUCCCUCGCCGUGUCCUGCCCUGCCUCCCUACAGAGGAGUGGCCCAACCCCCCCACGCUGCAGGAGGCCGGACUCAGCCACACGGAAGUCCUCUUUGUGCAGGACCUUACGGACGAUUGACACUUCUUUUGGUUUUGAUUUUUUUGGGUUUUGUUUUGGUUUUGGGGGGUUUUGUUUUUGUUUUUUUUUUUUUCCAGAAGACACAAAAUGGAAAGAGAAAUUCAUAUUAUUAUUAUAAUACAAUAUUUUUUUUAAAAGACUGCGUACAAACGAGGGAUCAGAGACCACAUGGCCCGUGCCAGCUGUGCUGCGUGUGUGCGCUGGCGAGAGGACGCGUGCGCACGGCCAUCCCCUGCACCGGGGGGCAGAGAGGGGGAAGCUGGUGUUGCCCCUCCACCUUCCCUGGGGAGGAACAGGAAUGGCAGCUCUUGGUAAUUACUGCUUUUAUUGAUGACAAUAAUAAUAAAACCCCGACAACCUGACAUCGCGUGAAGAUUUGAUACUCUGCUGCUCCUGAGAGACACACGACCGAGCACCGGAAUGUGCUGGGAGUGGGGUGGGGGAAAGGGCUGGACAGAAUCUCUUCAGCUUCCCUCUCUGUAUAAAUACUGUUCUUUAAUAUUUCUCUUGCUUUGUAAUGACCAAAGGAGAAUGGGGUUGACUAUAGUAUUAACUUUUUGAUAAAGAGCUGGUUCGAUUCUUACCCGUGUGGGGUCUUGCCCAGGGUUCUUAGCCUGCGUAGUGUAAUAAACUCUGCCUCUAGCA